AUGCAGGCGCUGCGCCAGAAGGCGGACAAAGAUCUCACCUCCUCCAAGGGCAAAACCAAAGCAGUGGUAACAACGGACAAGCUCCAUGUGCCCAGCGGUGGUGGCAGCUGGACAGACAGCGACCUCAAAGGUGAAGUGCUGGGGUCGGCUGACCGAGACGUGAGCAUGGCUCUGAGUCUUGGUGCCCCUCAGCCCCAGGACUCCAGCCCCAAGAGCAUCAUGAUGACCCAGAAUGGCCACGGAGCCGCUGUCACCGAACCCACGGACCUUAGGACGGUGACUCCGCCAAUGUGCCAGAACGGGGUCUGGAGCGGUGGCGACACCAACACCCACGAGGCCAAGCUGAGCCCUUCCAAACUCGGGCGCUUUUUCUCCAUGAGCAGGAAGCGGUUGAACGCCAGUGCCACGGCGAGGCCACCGGCCGUGGGCCUGGCCGGGACCUCGUCCACCUGGAACGCCCUGGCCUCCUUUCGGAAGAUGGGCUCUUUCAAAAAACUGAGGUCCUCUGUUCUCCAGGGGAUUCAGAGCCGAGAAGCAUCAGGCACCUCAAAGAAAGAGAUCUCAGAAAAGGACCCGGAAAAACCCCUCCCGAACGGCGUGGUCACCAGCCUUCAGACCAGCAGAUACUCUUGUUUGGGGCGCGUGGGGGUCCCCCAGGAGGCUGGUGCCGGUGUACCCUCAGACUGCUCGGAUCUGGAGGAGGCGGACGAUGCCUUCCAGAGGAGCACCCAUCGAUCUCGCAGCAUCCGCAGAGCCUAUGGACUGGGCCGCAUCAGCCUGCUGGACCGUGAGACACAUCAGGAUGCGCAGAGCCCCCUCCGGCCCCUGUCCUCCUUCAUCCCAGAGCCCAAGCUAUGUGAGAUCCUCGUGAAAGACUCUGCAAACGGCCGCCUCGUCUACCGCAGAAGCAAGAGCACAGACAACCUGAACUUCCUAAAGAAAAGCUCCUUUAAGCGGAAGUCCACCUCCAACCUCGCGGAGCUCAAGGUGGCUCAGGAGAAGCUUGUACCUGUGCGGACUCUGAGCAGCUCGUCCACAGACUCGGAGAAGCUCGGGGGCUCCGAGAGAAGGACGAAGCGCUGGCGGAGUCCCCUCCGGGCCAAGGACUUCGACAGAGUCUUAAAGUUGGUCAGCAACGUCACAGAUGCCCCGUGGAAGAGGGAGAGCCCCAAAAGCGGGACCCCCUCUCCCGGCGACCCUAACCCCAGGCUGCAAGUCAACAGCAGGCUGCACGAUCAGUAUUCCCGGCGGACGUCCACCAACUCCGAGGUGGACAAGAGACGCUGCAUGCCCUGCACGGUGGCCCCCAGCUCCUGUCCAGCUGCUUCUCAGGGUCCCCACAUGGACAUUGAGACGGCCGUGUGUCCCCUGGAAUCUCGAAGCUCCGAGGCAUCAGAAAGCGCACGGGCCUGCCCUGGCCAACCCUUACCGAGUCCUACUGGCCAGGUAGUGCCCCGCAGAGACACGGGUGACUUGUCGCCCCCCGGCCAGUCCACAUGCGAGUCUGAGCAACCUGUCAGCCCCCUGCGGCCCACCACACCCAAGCCCCCGAGUCCCCAGAGCCCAGGCCCAGGCAGUUUGGGUGGGCUGAACCAUCACAGUGCGCUGUCGCUGAGUUCCGGGCAGAGUGGAGAGAGUGCGGAAGGAUCAGUUCUGCAGGAGCCGGGCGCGGGCUCCUUCCCGGAUGUGCUGCAGUCCCCGGAUGUGGGCGAGGGCACUGGGGACAGCGGUAUUAGCAGCUUCUCUCAGCUGAGCCUCGCUGGGACCCCCGGGUCGACCGAGACGAAGGAGGAGGUGGUUACUGAGGAGCACUGGCAGAGGGCCUCCACACAGGAUGAAGACGGGGCCGAGACACAGAGGAGCCCCAGCAGGCGGUGGGGUUCUGGCAAAAGGGCAAGACCCAGACCCCUCUCGGACUAUGGCCAGUCGGCAAGCCGGAGUCUGUCCAUCCCUGAGGACGCUGUCACUGUAGACACCCAGAAGAUGGAUUUUGUGGAUGGUGAACACUCACCAGGCCUGGCACCCAUGGGUGCCGCUCCCGUGGGUUGCCCUAAAGGAAGUCGGAGAAGGAGGCCCAUGUCCGUGAUAGGAGGCGUCAGCUUCUACAGAAACAGCCCAGCUGAGGAGUUGGAGACUCUUCUCACCCAACCCACCUCCAGGCCUCCGGUGCCAGCUCACCAGGUGCCACCGUACAAAGCCGUCUCAGCCCGGUUCCGUCCGUUCACGUUUUCUCAGAGCACCCCCAUCGGCCUGGAUCGAGUAGGCCGCCGGCGCCAGAUGCGAGCAUCCAACAUUUCUGCAGAUGGAGGUAGUGAGCCGUCUGCCCUAGUCGAUGACAACGCCAGCGAGGAGGACUACAGUUACGAAGAACUCUGCCAGGCCAACCCUCGCUACUUACAGCCCGGCGGGGAGCAGCUAGCUGUCAAUGAGCUCAUCAGUGAUGGCAGUGUGGUCUGCGCAGAAGCCCUGUGGGACCACGUGACCAUGGAUGACCAGGAACUGGGCUUCAAGGCCGGGGAUGUCAUCCAGGUCCUCGAGGCCUCCAAUAAGGACUGGUGGUGGGGCCGGAAUGAGGACAAGGAGGCUUGGUUCCCUGCAAGCUUUGUGAGGUUACGAGUGAACCAGGAGGAGCUGCUGGAGAACUCCAUCAGCACCCCUGGCGAGGAGCAGGAUGAGGGCGCUGGCCAGGCCCGCCUCAGACACGCCGAAAACAAGCACCAGAUGCGGACCAACGUGAUCCAGGAGAUCAUGAAUACAGAGCGCGUUUACAUCAAGCAUCUCAAGGACAUCUGUGAGGGCUAUAUUCGUCAGUGUCGGAAACACACAGCGAUGUUCACAGUUGCUCAGCUGGCCACCAUCUUCGGAAACAUUGAAGACAUUUACAAGUUUCAAAGAAAGUUCCUGAAAGACCUUGAGAAGCAGUAUAAUAAAGAGGAACCUCACCUCAGUGAGAUUGGGUCCUGCUUCCUCCAGCAUCAAGAAGGCUUCGCCAUCUACUCGGAAUACUGUAACAACCACCCGGGCGCCUGCCUGGAGCUCGCCGGCCUCAUGAAGCAGGGCAGGUACCGGCACUUCUUCGAGGCGUGCCGCCUGCUCCAGCAGAUGAUCGACAUCGCCAUCGACGGCUUCCUGCUGACGCCGGUGCAGAAGAUCUGCAAGUACCCGCUGCAGCUGGCCGAGCUACUCAAGUACACCACGCAGGAGCACAGUGAUUACAGCAAUAUCAAGGCAGCGUAUGAGGCCAUGAGGAACGUUGCAUGUCUGAUCAACGAGCGGAAGCGCAAACUGGAAAGCAUCGACAAGAUCGCCCAGUGGCAGGUGUCCAUAGUGGGCUGGGAGGGCCUGGACAUCUUAGACCGGAGUUCAGAGCUGAUCCAUUCUGGAGAGCUGACCAAAAUCACCAAGCAAGGCAAGAGUCAGCAGCGGGUCUUCUUCCUAUUUGACCACCAGCUGGUGUCCUGCAAGAAGGACCUACUGCGCAGGGACAUGUUCUACUAUAAAGGCCGGACAGACAUGGACAGCAUGGUGCCGGUGGAUGUGCCAGACGGUCGAGACCGCGACCUCAACCUCAGCCUAAAGAAUGCCUUCAAGCUCGUCAGCCAAGCCACGGACGAGGUGUACCUGUUCUGUGCCAAAAAGCACGAGGACAAGGUGCGCUGGCUGCAGGCGUGUGCGGACGAGAGGCGCAGGGUGCAGGAGGACCGAGAGAUGGGAAUGGAAAUACCAGAAAAUCAAAAGAAGCUGGCCAUGUUAAAUGCUCAAAGGGCAGGACAUGCCAAGUCAAAAGGCUACAGCGGGUGCCCCGUGCCGCCGCCGCCACCCCAGAGCCUCCUCCCCAUCCACCAGCGCCACAUCACUGUGCCCACCAGCGUUCCUCAGCAGCAGGUCUUCGCUCUGGCUGAGCCCAAGCGGAAGGCCUCGCUCUUCUGGCACACCUUCACCAAGCUCACGCCUUUUAAGAAAUGA